GCCAAGAUAUUCAAUCAUCACACCUCGUGCUUGACUACAAUAUUAAAGGAGGAUUUUUAGUAUUGAUGAUGUGGCAGGAGGAGUUUGUGGCUGGGCUAUGGCUGAGCUAUUGCUGGGCUAUCACCAGUGUGGAUACCCUUAUGUGGACACUCUUAAAUCUUUGGCCGAUAUUAACAAAUUGACAGCUUAAAUUUUCUAUAUAUCAUAACAACUACUUCAACUCAAACACGAGAAAUUUAAACACACAACUAUGGAGUUUAACAUCCCAUCAACACUCAUACCUCUAAUCCCCUUUCUCCUCUUCCUCUUCCUCUUCAUAUUUCUCAAAUCUCAAACAAUCUCAAAAUCAGCAAAGAGUUACUCACACAUCCCCGGCCCCAAACCCCUCCCUCUCAUCGGCAACCUCCACCUCAUGCUGCGCGCCUCCUCCAGCGCCCACCGCCUCUUCCGUUCCCUCGCUGCCAAACACGGCCCCCUGAUGCACCUCCAGCUCGGCGAGCUCCACUUCCUCAUCGUCUCCUCCGUCGACUUCGCGAAGCAAGUGAUGAGAACUCACGACGCCAACUUCGCCAACCGCCCCACGCUGCUGGUGUCGGAGGAGCUCUCCUACAGCAGCACCGGCGUCGGGAGCUCCCCCUACGGCGCCUACUGGCGCCAGCUGCGGAAGAUCUGCAGCGCCGAGCUUCUGAGCGCGAAGCGCGUGCAGUCCUUCCGCAGCAUAAGAGAGGAGGAGAGCACGAACAUGUGCGAAUGGAUCGCUUCCCGCGAUGGAUCGCCGAUUGAUCUGUCGGAGAGGCUUUACUUGGCGAUGUACGAUAUCACUUCGAGGGCGGCCGUGAAGGCGAAAACCGGAGAGCGCGAGGCGAUGGUUUCAAUAGUUGUGGAAUACUUGAAGUUAGCUUCGGGAUUCAUGAUGGUGGAUCUUUAUCCUUCCAUUAAAUUGCUGCCGUUGAUCAGUGGAGCAUGGAUCAAGAUCCGACGGCUCCGUCGCAAGUCGGAUGAGGUGCUGAACGGCAUCAUCGAGAACCAUAGAGCAGCAGCCAACUCUGAUGACGCCGAUGAUGAUGCCAAGUUUGAAGGUUUCUUAGAUAUCCUUCUCAAGUUUGAAAAAGAUGGGACUAUAACUACCGACAACAUCAAAGCAGUGCUCCUGGAUAUGUUCCUAGGGGGAACGGACACGUCAACCGCUACGUUAGAAUGGGCAAUGUCGGAGAUGAUAAGAAACCCUACCACACUCAACAAGGCACAACAAGAAGUAAGAAAGGUUUUCGAUGACAAGGGAUACAUUGACGAAGAAAAGUUAGAUGAGCUAAAAUACCUCAAAUUAAUCAUCAAAGAGACUUUGAGAUUGCGCCCUGCGUUGCCGCUUCUAGUACCGAGAAUGAGUUCCCAAAGAUGUGAAAUUAAUGGUUACGAAAUCCCAGCAGGAACCAGAGUGAUGGUGAAUGGAUGGGGACUAGGAAGAGACCCUGAGUAUUGGAACGAUGCAGAGAAGUUUAUUCCAGAGAGGUUUGAGGGAAGCGAGCAUGAUUUCAAUGGGAGCAAUCUUGAAUACGUACCAUUUGGCGCGGGGAGGAGAAUAUGUCCCGGCAUGUUGUUCGGGUUGGCCAACGUGGAGCUUCCGCUUGCGAUGCUCCUCUAUCAUUUUGAUUGGAAAAUGCCAAAUGGGAUGAACCAUGAAGAAUUGGAUAUGACAGAGGGCAUUGGCGCCACGGUUAAUAGGAAACACCAUUUGCGUCUGAUUCCCGUUGUUAAGCGACCUUUGCGUGCAGGUGCUCUGUUGAUUUAAGGAGUCUUUACUUUGAGCGAUGGGAGUCAGUGACGAAGCCAGAAUUUUACGGUUGUGGGGUCUAAAUAAAAAUUUCAAAUAAUAAAAUGAAACAUAAAUAAUAUUAAAUAAUAUAAAUAUACUGUUGUAAACACAUAGUUCCAUA